UCUAGUUGAGACAAACGUUCCCGCCUACCUAAAAUGUGAUUGGUUGUUCAGUUCUCUUCUCCUGUUCUCAUUAGUAGAUAGGCUGCCCGUCAGGGAACUUGACACGUGAGACAAGUUUACAACUCUAUACACGUGCAGCUGGUGUGACAGGGCUCGCGCGAGCAUCCCACAUCCGCGGAGCAGAGACAGAGACGGUCGCACACACCUGAGAGUUGUUCCGUUUAAAACCAUUUGGCGCACACAUGGAUGUGAAUUAACGGACAUUCACCUGUUCGCAUCAGGUGUGUUAUGAAGACUCAUAUUUCCGUUUCUUCAUGGCAAGAAGACUCGGUGAUGUCCGCCUAGCAUGGCUGUGUCUCCUGCUCCGACCACCCAGGGACCGGUAUGGCUUCUAGCCGCAUCCGCAGACUGGACCUCCCAUCCCGGAGCAUCUUCAGGAAGGCGGCGGUCAUGCUCUGCUCCCUUUUUACCCCUCUUACCCUCCUCAUCCUCCUCACCGAAAGGAGCACCUUGCCCUCUCCGGUCAAAGCCUUCUCUAGUCGGGAUACCGGACUCUGGUCGGAGCUGACAGGUUCGCGGGCUCACGAACGCUCGAGGAAGGUUCUGCAGCUUGCCGACUCUCUCACAGUACCGGAUUUGGUCGUGUCGCCCCGGUUCGCAGGUAAAAUCAGUCCGCUCGGGGAGGGGAGCAGGAAGCUGCCGCAGGCGCUCAUCAUCGGGGUGAAGAAAGGAGGAACGCGUGCUCUGCUGGAGUUCCUGCGGGUCCAUCCGGACAUCAGAGCCGUGGGAGCGGAACCGCACUUCUUCGACCGCAACUAUCAGAACGGACUGGACUGGUACAGGGAUCUGAUGCCGAAGACCCUAGAGGGCCAGAUCACCAUGGAGAAAACCCCCAGCUACUUUGUGACCCGAGAAGCUCCAGCGAGGAUAUCGGCCAUGUCCCGGGACACCAAAGUGAUCGUGGUAGUGAGGGACCCCGUCACCAGAGCUAUCUCAGACUACACACAGACGCUGUCUAAGAAGCCCGAUAUUCCUUCAUUUGAGAGCCUCACCUUCAAAAACAGGACUACGGGUCUCAUUGACACCUCUUGGAGCGCCAUCCAGAUUGGCAUCUAUGCCAAACACCUGGACAACUGGCUGCAGUACUUCCCCAUGGACCAGAUCCUUUUUGUGAGCGGUGAGCGUUUGAUCAGCGACCCAGCUGGUGAGCUGGGCCGGGUCCAGGACUUCUUAGGCCUCAAGAGGAUCAUUACAGACAAACACUUUUACUUCAACCAGACAAAAGGAUUCCCGUGCCUCAAGAAAGCAGAGGGAAGCAGCAAACCCCACUGCUUGGGAAAAACCAAAGGGCGAACCCAUCCGAACAUUGAUCCAGAGGUGGUGCAGAGGCUACGGGACUUCUAUAGACCCUUCAACAUGAAGUUCUACCAGAUGACGGGACGUUUUUUUGGCUGGGAUGAUUGAAUGUGUUUUUUGUUUUUGGUACAUGUGGAGUGCCAGAAACACUGCAGUGGAGUUCUGGGGCCAGACACACCAUAGAACAAGAAUUCAACACUCUGAGUUUACUGUUGUUAUAUUAUGAGGAUAAAGUCUCGUUUUGGUUAGUUGGAGAGAUGUUAAGAUCAUAACUGUAUUCUUUAUGAAUGAGGGGCUCAUUCAAGUUUAUUAUCAAUAUUUGCUUAUGAUAUUUAAAUUGCAUAACAUCUUAGAGUUAUUAAAACACUCUUGCAGAGCAGGUUUUAUUUAAAAAAACACAAUUUUAAUGAUGGUUUGGUUAUCAAAAUCACAUUAAUGGUUGUGUGUGUGUGUGUGUGUGUGUGUGUGUGUGUGUGUGUGUGUGUGUGUGUGUGUGUGUGUAUGUGUAUGUGUGUGUGUGUGUGUGUGUGUGUGUGUGUGUGUGUGUGUGUGUGUGUGUGUGUUUAAGGAUUGUCCACCACUAACUCUUUGUCUACAUUUUUUUAUUUUUCUAUCCAACAUUAGUUAUUUAACUGUUGUUUCAAAUACUAUUUUUAUCUCAAAUGACAUAAUAAACACUCAGGA